AUGAGGGUUGUUAAACCUGGCUGGAUCAAUCAUGACGGGAAACCAAUCUUCUCAGUGGACAUUCAUCCUGAUGGAUCUCGCUGUGCUACUGGUGGCCAAGGUGAUGAUUAUGGAAAAAUUGUCAUCUGGAACAUGGCCCCUGUGCGGGAGGCAUCUCUAGAGAGUGAUGAAAAUGUGCCAAAGAUUUUGUGCCAGAUGGACCAUCACUACGCUUGUGUUAACAGCGUGAGAUGGUCCCACAGUGGGAAAUUCUUGGCAUCCGGUGGCGAUGACAAGCUUGUGAUGAUCUGGCAGACAAGUCGGGGAGCUGGUCCCUCAACAGCAUUUGGUUCUACAGGAAGUGUUGUUCUGCAUGAGCAGUGGAGACCUGUGUUUACUCUGAGAGGACACGCCGGAGAUGUUCUUGAUCUGGCAUGGUCACCUCAAGAUGUCUGGCUGGCCACUUGCAGUGUGGAUAAUACUGUUGUCAUUUGGAAUGCGUUAAAAUUUCCAGAGCAGGUUGCUACAUUGAAAGGCCAUACAGGGCUUGUUAAAGGUGUAACUUGGGAUCCUGUGGGGAAAUACUUAGCCUCACAGUCUGAUGACCGCACUUUGAGGGUCUGGAGAACUAUAGACUGGCAGCAAGAAUCCCUUAUUGUGGACCCCUUCAAAGAGUGUGGAGGCACCACUCACUGCCUCAGGCUGAGCUGGUCACCAGAUGGUCAUCACAUCGUUUCAGCACAUGCCAUGAACAACAAGGGACCCACAGCCCAGAUCAUUGAGAGGCAGGGUUUCAAAGCUAGUCUGGACUUUGUGGGACAUAGGAAAGCCGUUACAGUUGUGAGAUUUAACCCAAAUAUUUUCAAGAAGAAGUUUAAAGGAGAAAAGGCUCAACAGUACUCCUGCUGUGCUAUAGGCAGCAAGGACCGGUCCUUGUCUAUAUGGCUGACAGCACUGAAGCGACCCCUGGUUGUGAUGCAUGAUCUGUUUGAAAAUUCAAUACUUGAUUUGAGCUGGAGCCCUAAUGGAAUGGAGCUGAUGAGCUGUUCAAUUGAUGGCACUGUGGCCUAUAUGGAUUUCUCAACUGAAGAGAUUGGAAAUCCAUUAUCGAAGGAUGAUGUGGUAAACUUACUGGAAGACAUUUAUGGCAAGGGCACCUCCCUUCACCUGGCAGCCACCAAAGGGAGUCAGAUCAUUGAGUCUACAGCAAUGCUGAACCUCCAGCAGCAACAGAAGACUAGAGCCAACGAAGCCAUCAUGUUGACUCCAAGCAAGGGGAACAGCAACAUGUCAACCAAAAUGUCUGCUAGUGGAGACAAUGUGCCUUUUAAACCAACAGACAAACAGAUAGAGACCAGGACAGCAGAUGGGCGGAGACGAAUUACUCCAAUAUUCCUGGCCCCACAACCAGAGUUUGGAGAAGUUCCAGUACCCUUCUCUAUUGGAUUUCACUCUUCAUCUGAAAAGAGCAAGAUUGUUGUGGAAAAGCAGAACAGAGUUACUGCACCUGGUAUGUUGUCCCCAACUUCUGGAUCAAAGUCGAUGCCAUCUCCGCCACAGACAGCACUUCCUGUCUCAUCAGCUGUCAGAGAUUUGUCUGCAAUGUGUACUAAAGACAGUCAGGCCAUGAAAUCCAUCAAUGAAACUACGCCAGAGAAACUUGUCAACAAGAUACAGAUGGAGAAUCCUCCUAUCACACCGGACAAACCAACGUCUUCUGAACAGUGUGAGAAAUCCCCUCAGCCCCCUGCCGUAUCAGACAAACUAAAACAAUCAGACAAAGAUAAUAAAGACAAGGAGAAGGACAAAGAGACAGUGAAGGAAUCAUCGGUUCACAAAGACAAACUGAAGGCUCGGCUGUCUUCUGGAAGUUUGAGUCUGAAACGGAAGUAUGCAGAUGACAAAAGACAUGGGAAACGUGGCCGGCCCAGCAAGACUGACCAGGCAGCUCGAGAAGCAGCAAUGGCAGCAGCUGCUGCUGAAGUGGUGGGCAGCAUUUCUCGGCCUGACAUCACAGCACCUCAAGUGUCACUGACUCCAGGGCUGGUGGCACCUGCCUUACAAAAGGAGUCCAGGCCGGUCUAUGCUGCACCAGAUUUGCAGCUUCCAGCCUUGACAGUUGAAAACUCUUUGUCCAGAGUGAUCCAAGGUCAAAUGGGAGAUGCCAAUUCCCUUGUGGUGGAUGUUGAAAAUAACCUUGAACUCGGCAUGAUCAGGGUUCAUAGGUUGCGUUGUUUGCGUGGGGCUAAGGUCAUGUGGGAUCAUAUGUUGACAUCAAAGAUUAGUGCUGUAGCGGGAUCAAACCACACAAUUUGUGCAGCAUGUUUGGACGGGACAGUCUCUGUAUUUAGCAUCGGUGGAAGACGACUGUUACCGGCUUUGGUUGCAGGAGCACCACCUGCUUAUUUUUCUUGUAAAGGCUACUACGUGUUGGUUGUAACAACAAAAGGAGUGUUGUAUGUCUGGAAUUGUCAGUCACUGAAGGCUGAAGUACGGCAGGAAUCUCUGGCAACUAUAAUGUCAGAUAAAGAUAAGAUCGACCAAGUAAUUUUAACCACAGAAGGUGUGCCUGUUGUGACAUUGUUGAACAAAAAGUCUUAUAGUUAUUCUACAGACGUAGGGUGCUGGAUUUUAGCCAGCUCAGAUGAUGACAGAUUGCAGACUUGCUCUAGCCACCAUCAGUGUACUCCUUCCAAAAUAAAACCUCUUGGAACUUUGUCUUCUUUACAGAAACAAUCUCGGUCUGGUGAACAAGCAUCCAGAGCCUUCCAGUCCAACCCUGGGGCUCAACAGUCUGUGACACUGAGCUACUUAGAAUCACAGAUAGCCUCAAGUUUAGCCCUCAGAUCUGCCACAGAAUACAAGUUUUGGGUGGAGACUUACAUCAGAUAUCUGGCGCAUGAAGGCUUGGAGGAAAAGCUGCGGGAGGUGUGUGAUGAACUCCUUGGUCCUCUUUACAGAUCACGCUCAUCAAAGACUUGGUCCCAGUAUAUUCUGGGCAUUGACAAGCACACAAUACUCCGGAGCACCCUGCCUUCAAUUGGGGCUGAUUUGAAGUUUCAACGAUUGUACACUGAGUACAAGGAUCAACUUGACUCCUUACCAGGCACUUGA